AUGCCACGUUCAAUGGUGUCGGAGCUCGACUGGCCAAAUCUAACGACAACCGCCCAGACGAUCCCGGGACUCGGUUGCCAGUUGACUGUACCGAUUGGCUUAAUAAACGCGACCACCGUCGAUGUGUCAAUCAGCGGCCGGGAAAUCAGAUCGGAACGCGUGCGGUACCUCUACCUGCUAAACCCCGGCAUCUGGGCGCCGGAUCAAACUUUUUACCAGGGCAUGCUAUACGGUUAUCAAAUCAGUGCAGCAUUUAUAGAUCUAGCCAUGUGGUGUCAACAGGAUGAAUGCAACAUUGUCAAAUCGCUCGAUUUCGCUUUGAGCAACGCCGUCACGUGUCGAUUGCAGGCAUUCGAUUUUGCCCCGAAGGAGACUUGUUCGGGACAGGCAUGCUUCUAUCGCUUCGACAAAAUUACGGGUGUGCUGGAAAUGGGGUGCUUUUGGCAGGAUUGGACGCAGGCGGAAGGGCAGCUACAAGUUGGCUUCUACUCGCUUUUCGCCUCUGCCGGUUUCUACAUCUGCGCAGAAGACCUUUGCAAUGUUGAUAUAGCCACUGUAAACGCUUCGAUACAAAACUGCAAACCAAAGUAUCCGCCCUAUAAGGGGCAAGGCGUGGAGACGUGGGCGGAGGUUGAGACUGCUUUAUCCAGCGGAGAAUACUCCUUCAUCUGUAAAACACCGCCGGCAACUACAACGAUACCAACCACAAUCGCCCAGAAAGCGGAAGAAUCGCCAACAAACUCUCCGCUAUUAGAAACGACGACAAAAUCUGGGCAUCAGAAAGUUUUUGGGUUGUCAUAUUUGGUGCUCGUGAUGUUAUAUUGGCUGAAUUUGUCGACGCUGGAGGCCACGAGCAUGGGGAUGGCUUGCUCGGUUGAGGGCACCAUUACGGAUUACUGUAACAACUUCAACUCGAUCGAUGCACUGUUUCACAACGUGGUAACCUGCCAAACACAAAUGUUUGCAAGCACACCAACCUUACGAUGGUUAAAUGACUUUGCUGGUUGCCAGGCUGCGAUUGGCCCGAAAUCCGCCGACACGAUGGUCUUGAUCUUUAUCCUCGCCCUUGUUGACCAAGUGAAAACAUUGAAAUGCGUGGUCGACCAAAAAGCGCCGGACUUUUUGGAUGAGAGCCCAAAAUCGACGUGCCUGGGCGACACAUGCUGGCUAUUCUACGACCCGGCGCUACAACAAUAUGCGCGAGAUUGCUUGACGGGAAUAACGCGUGAGCCGGGAUGUCGACGAGCGAUCGUGAAUCAGAAGGCCGACUCGUACCUAUGCUAUUGCAAUCACUCGGCCAAGUGCAACGCCGAAUUUCCUGUAUUUCACGAGAAUAAUCAAACCGUUACAUGGGCGGAGAAGAGCUUGCCGAAUACAGACGUCAUCCCGCAAAUGCUAACCUGUGGAAAUGAAGCCUUUCCUGAGCUGACAAUCCCCAUCAACGCGGCGCCAACAGUGGAUUGGCUCAAUGUCACGACGGCGACCAUCACGAAGGAAGCGCCUGGAUGCUAUAUUAAUGGCGACAUAAAAAUGCCCCGAGAUGAGAAUUUUACUGUAACUUUUCGUACCGACUACAUAGCCAAAUCGCGGCAAGCAUACCUGUUCGCGCUCGAUCCGACGAUCUGGAUCGCUGAUAUGCCAAUAUUAUUUCCCGGCUCGCUCUACGCGACCCAAUUUUUAUCCUACAUUCAGGACGUACAGAAAUUUUGCCGAGAGGUAACGUACCGCCUGAUACCUGUAAAGGCCAAGCAUGCAUCGUGCGAUAUGAUCACCCGAGCAGUACGCAUGAGAGCGGAUGCUUUUGGCAAGACUGGACGACAGGGGAAGCUAGGAUUGAGCUUUGUCAACUGGGGACUAUUCCCUCAACUGCAGGCCUUCCGAGGCUUUUACCACAUCAGCACCGACUGGAGCGACGACUACAAAGAUAACAUCGAAGCUGUCGUUUUCAUGGCUUUGCGUCUACGCUUUCUUGAACCAAACUCAACUUGCAUCGGCGAUCUAUGCUGGCGGUUCUACGAUCCCAUCCAAGACGCAUGGGCUGGUGAUUGUAUGGUUGGGAUCGACCGUAGUCCAGGAUGCCGUCGAAUUAUGAACAAUGGGAAACCGGAUACAUAUCUCUGCUAUUGCAACCACACCGACAAUUGCAAUAAGGAUUUUCCCGUAUUUGAUGGCGCAGCAAAAACAGUUUUAUGGGCCGGCGCAUCGCUGCCGAACGCGGAUUUGUUAUUACUGAAUUACACCUGUAACUAUAUGGGCGCGUCCAAACCGGUUACUCUGCCAUUAUCAGCAAUUUCAAGUGCGAACUGGCAAAACUUUUCCACCCUUACCGACUCCUGGAAGGGAACCGUGGAGACCAUGCCUGGCCCAACGUGUUUGCUUACUGCCUGGAUCGAAGAUGGGGGCGGGCGCGCAAACUCAGAAACCAUGAUUACCAUCGGUUUCCGAUCCGGAGUGAUCCCUGGCCAGCGUAUGACAUACGUCUACCGGCUGGACCCGAUGUUUUACCUAAAGAACUACGUGCCUUUCUACACCGGGGCGCUCUGGGCGACGAGGAGCGACAUUGGUACCUAUCUGCCCAUAAAAUACUGCGCCGCGGAUCACUGCAAUACGGUUCGGUCGAUGGGCGCAACCGUCCGCAACGACGUGACCUGCGAGAUGCAGCACGAGCAGAAUAUCACGCUGUCUAUUUGUACCGGUCAGGCCUGCUACCUUCGCUAUGACCCCUUGAGGCGCAUCUAUGAGAAAGGCUGCUAUUGGCAGGACUGGACAACCGGUGAAGGGCAAGUAGCGAUUGGGUUCUACUCCCUAUUAUCUACCAAAAAAUCCAAGUGCACCGGUGAGCUUUGUUGGCUACUAUACGAUCCGGUCUUGAAUGAGCACUCUCGCGACUGUAUGUCCGGGAUUAACCGGGAACCCGGAUGCCGUCGGCUAUUCCAGGACAACAAGCCAGAUACCCACACUGACAAUUGCAACGCCGAGUUCCCAGUUUUCAAUAACAAGAACGGUACCGUGGGCUGGGCUGGUGCUAUCCUACCAUUUAUCGACAUUUCACCUCCAAAUAUAACUUGUGGAAGUGAGCAUGAGGUCAAGGAAAACCUAACCGGCAGCGACUUGAAGACGACAGGCUGGAACGCUUCCGCCAAUCUAGCUCCCCGUAAUGGUUUAGGUUGUGUAGCUGAUGGUUCGUUAUAUGCCGUUGAUGGUGAUCUCUACGAUCUGAGGCUUUUGAGACUUUACGUCAAAAACGACGGCCACUAUAAAUACGCCUUCUUUUUUUGGAGCCGGUCUUUACCGACACCAGCUUCCCGUAGCUUCGCCCUCGGUUCGCUUUAUGGUGUGCAAAGUACUGUGACUCCAAUAAGAUUAAUAAAGUCGUGUAUCGAGGAAUUUUGCAAUGUGGCCUUUUCCGUCGCUGCGAUGCUGGGCGAUGGAGUGACGUGUGUGAUGGUAGAUUCCUACACUACAGAGCCGAAAAACUGCACUGGGUCCGCCUGCUAUCUCAAUUGGAAUAAGCUGACCGGAUUUAACGAAUCGGGUUGUUGGUGGGAAGACUGGACGGCCGGUGACAGUAGAUUCGAGCCCUGGCCUCCAUACAAAAUUGCCGCCCGAAUUACCCGCCAUUUAAGGGCCAAGGCCAGGAGACGUGGGCUGAUGUGCAACGAGCUCCAAAUUCCGGAGAAUAUCCUC